CCAACGCCCAAGCCCAGUCGGCCUUAGCAUGUGGAGAGAGUCAGAAGGCACAAGCACGACACUCGUCAAACAAUCCAUUUACUCAUCCACUUGCACAUUAGCCGCACCGCGAUGCACUUUCUCUAUCCCUCCCUGACCAUCCCGUCCGUCGCUCGCUUCAUCUUGCAUGUCUUGGGUGUUUGCAGUCGUCUAAGAUGCCUCGCCUCAGGCGGUACGGCUUCUGCGCCGCUCUAUUCCUGACUUUCAUAUUGCACGACGUGUAUUAUUAUACACUGAGAAUUGCAAGCCGAGGUUCGAUUCCGGCGGAAUCUAAGUACGAUGCUACACUAUAUGAAGAAGACGAAAAUGGCGUACCGGCACAGGAACUGAGCUAUCACGAAAAACCCGCUGAGGCCCACAAAGGCGACUUCAUCUCGUGGGAGAAGGUUCCUCUGAGAUAUCCCAUUCAUUCACCGGUGGCGCUGCCGAAAGUCAAGCCGCGCCCUCUACCCCGCAUCCAACAUCAAUUCCGAGAACACGAUGCCGAGACGAAAGGCAAACAAGCAGAUAGGCAGGCUCAAGUCAAAGAACAGUUUCUUAGAAGCUGGAAUAGCUACAGGGAAAGAGCAUGGAUGCACGAUGAAUUGAAACCCGUCCAGGGCAAUUACCAAGAUCCGUUCGGCGGUUGGGCUGCGACCUUGAUUGAUUCUUUGGAUACUCUUUGGAUCAUGGGACUUCAUGAUGAGUUCGAAGCCGCAACCUCCCACGUAGAGAAAAUCGACUUUGGAUCCACCACUCUGGACAAAGUCAAUGUUUUCGAAACCAACAUUAGACAACUGGGCGGCCUGCUGGCUGCAUACGAACUGAGCGAAGAGAGAAGACUGCUCGCCAAAGCCAAGGAGGUGGGCGAAAUGAUUUUUCAAGCUUUUGAUACCCCUAAUCAUAUGCCCACAACAAGAUGGGUAAUGUCAGACAAAGUUGCCGGUGUAGAUCAAAUUGCAGAUGCCAACCUAUUGCUGGCGGAAUUGGGCUCUUUCACUUUGGAAUUCACUCGCCUUUCGCAAGCCACAGGAGAUCCAAAAUUCUACGACGCCGCAAAUCGAAUCACGCGAUUGCUCGCUGACCAACAAAUGAAGACCAGAUUGAGGGGAAUGUGGCCUAAAAUGGUCAAUGCAAGAGCCAUGGACCUCACUCAGGGUAGCACAUUCACGCUUGGUUCCAUGGCAGAUUCUACGUACGAAUACUUCGCUAAGGCGUAUGCCCUUCUCGGUGGCACUGAUCCAAUUUUCGAACAACUCUACACCAAUGCAAUGGAGACAGCAAUCAACUACACCCUGUAUCGACCCAUGAACCCCGAGAACCUCGAUCUCCUAGCCACGGGUCACAUUGAUGUUGACGGAGCCGGCGAUACCUCACUGAUCCCAGAACUCCAACACCUCGCCUGCUAUGCUGGUGGCAUGUUCGCACUGGGCGGGAAACUCUUCAAAAUCCCCGCUCACGUAGAUAUCGGCCGUAAGCUCACAGAUACAUGCAUCUGGGCCUACAGCGCCACACCUUCGGGAAUCAUGCCCGAAGUUUCAAAACUCUACCCCUGCCCCCCUCCGCUCGACUCCCCUUGCACAUGGGACAAGCAACUCUGGCGAGAGAAAGUCGACGCCCUCGCAUCAGCGCAGAACCGCAAACCUCUCUCGCGGCUCCCGAUAGGCUUCACAGAAAUGCGCGAUCGAAGAUAUCUCCUCCGUCCCGAGGCCAUCGAAAGUGUAUUCGUCUUGUACCGCAUCACAGGCGAUGCAAAGUAUCAGGACGCUGCAUGGGAUAUGUGGACCGCCAUCACAGCCGCAACGCAAACUCGAUUAGCCAACUCGGCGAUCUGGGACGUUCUCAACGUUCCCCCGACCAAAGAUUCCGGUGUAGACACGGACGAGGACGAGAAAAAAAGGAUGCAGGAUUCCAUGGAGAGCUUUUGGAUGGCGGAGACGCUCAAGUAUUUUUACUUGGUGUUUGCGGAGCCCGGUGUGCUUAGCCUGGACGACUGGGUUUUUAAUACCGAGGCGCACCCUUUAAGAAUCCCGAGGACUGUGUGA